AUGGGAAGUCAUCACUUGCCGAUUGAAUUAGAGCAUAAGGCAUAUUGGGCAAUCAAAAAGCUUAACCUUGACAUGGAGCUUGCGGGAAAGAAGCAGAUGUUGCAGUUGCAUGAACUUGAUGAAUUUCAACUGCAAGCCUACGAGAAUGCCAAAUUGUAUAAGGAGAAGACCAAGAGAUGGCAUGAUAGGCACAUCCAGCAGCGGUCUUUUGAGCCUGGCCAGUUGGUCCUGUUGUUUAACUCAAGGCUCAAGCUGUUCCCUGGCAAGCUGAGAUCGAAGUGGUCAGGUCCUUUUGAAGUGGUAAGUGUGACAAAGCAUGGAGCUGUGGAGCUAUGUAAGCCAGAGACCGAGGAAACUUUCUUGGUCAAUGGGCAGAGAGUGAAGCAUUAUUGGGCUGAGGAUGUGGACAGACAAAAGACCUUAAUGGAUCUUUCGAAUGAGCGCUUAAAGUAUAGGAAAACCAAAGCAAAAAGGAGGCACAAGAAAGGAGAAGGCCACUGA